UGCCGGGGAGACGCGUCCACAGCGCGGAAAUCCCCGCGGGCGCGGAGCCCGCCCGGCGCCGCCAUGAGCCAGCGGCAGGUCCUGCAAGUGUUCGAGCAGUACCAGCGCGCCCGGUCGCAGUUCGCGCAGGCUGUGGCCGACCUCGCCGCCCGCCCGCAGAGCAUCGACACUCUCCGAAGCGCAGGUGUAGUAUGUUUGCUGAGACCUCUUCUGCUGGAUGUCGUCCCGAGUAUUCGACAGACCGCUGCCAUUGCUCUUGGGAGACUUGCUGAUUAUGACGUGGAGCUGGCAGAGGCAGUUGUGAAGGCAGGCAUUCUUCCACAGCUCAUAUGUUCAUUGCCUGAGGAGAAUCGUUACUACAAGAAAGCAGCUGCAUUUGUGCUAAGAGCAAUUGCUAAACAUUCUCCACAACUAGCUCAGGCAAUAGUUCAGUGUGGAGCACUGGAAAUGCUGGUGAUUUGCUUGGAAGAUUUUGACCCUGGAGUCAAAGAAGGUACAUCUUGGGCAUUUGGGUAUAUUGCCCGACACAAUCCAGAACUGUCACAAGCUGUGGUGGAUGCAGGCGCUGUUCCUCUUUUAGUGCUCUGUAUCCAGGAGCCAGAAAUUGCUUUAAAAAGGAUUGCUGCCUCAACUCUCAGUGAUAUUUCAAAGCAUUCUCCAGAGUUAGCACAGACAGUAGUGGAUGCAGGAGCUAUCGCUCACUUAGCUCAGAUGAUCCCGAACCCUGAUGCUAAACUGAAGCGUCAGGUGCUGUCAGCUCUAAGCCAAAUAGCAAAGCAUUCAGUGGAACUUGCAGAGUUGGUGGUUGAAGCAGAAAUUUUCCCAGUUGUGCUCACAUGCCUGAAGGACUCAGAUGAAUAUGUCAAGAAAAAUGGUGCAACUUUAAUUAGAGAGAUAGCAAAGCAUACGCCUGAGCUUUCACAGUUUAUAGUAAAUUCAGGCGGAGUUGCUGCUGUGGUUGAUUGUAUUGGCAGCUGCAGAGGGACUGUCAGACUGCCUGGCAUCAUGACACUUGGUUAUGUGGCGGCUCAUUCGGAGAACCUGUCAAUGGCAGUGAUUGUCUCCAAGGGAAUACCACCACUGUGUGUCUGCUUGAUAGAAGAACAUGAAGAUCAUAUUAAGGCAGCAGCUGCUUGGGCAUUGGGACAGAUUGGAAGACACACUGCUGAGCAUGCACGUCAUGUUGCAGUAGCAAACGUGCUGCCCACACUGCUCGAUAUUUUUGUGGACACAUGCAGCUCAGAAGAUCUUAAAGCUAAAACUAAGAAAGCCUUAAAGAACAUUCUUCAGAAAUGCACGUAUCUUCCAGCACUUGAACCACUGCUUCAUGAGGCCCCUCCCAGUAUUAUGAAGCUUAUUAUUGGGCAGUUUAGUAAGGUGUUACCACAUGAUAGUAAAGCACGUCGUCUCUUUGUAACAACUGGUGGACUUAAAAAGGUUCAAGAAAUAAAAGCAGAACCUGGAUCACUUCUUCAGGAAUAUAUCAACACUAUUAACAAUUGCUAUCCAGAGGAAAUAGUAAGGUAUUAUUCCCCGGGAUAUUCUGAGAUACUCCUGGAAAGGGUGGAAAAUUACCAACCAGUUUUAUAAACUUCAGGGUUUUAUUAGAGCUGCAUUUCACAUUUAUGCCUUUAUGACUGUAAUACAAAUACAGCUGUUGAAAGCCUU